AAAAAAGAGAAAAAAAAAAAAGGAAAAGGAAAAACGAAGGGAACCCACGAAAACAGAGUCAACAAAGAAACUGAAACUACUCCACAAAGAAACAGAGCCUUUUCUCUGCCAAGGCAAAGAUUUCAACAGCUAUGGCCACUCACUUUUACAGUUGUUCUCCAAUUCCAGCAAAACCCACCCCCACUACGAUCUCCAACAAGUCCAUUUUGUUGCCUAAUCCUCGUAUCAUAACCGCCAGGCAUCAUAAUAACAUCCUACAAUCAGCAUCAUCAUCUUCUUCAGCUUUUACUCUUACAGCUUCAAUUUCACCGGGUGCUACUUCGGUUGCAGUCGAUGGACCCACCACCUCCACGAAACCUUCCAAGUCUUUGCCGUUUAGAGUGGGCCAUGGCUUCGACCUUCAUCGUUUGGAGCCUGGCUACCCUUUGAUCAUUGGUGGGAUUGAUAUUCCUCAUGAUAGAGGCUGCGAGGCUCAUUCGGAUGGAGAUGUGCUGCUUCAUUGUGUUGUGGAUGCAAUACUGGGAGCUUUAGGGCUUCCUGAUAUAGGGCAGAUAUUUCCUGACUCUGAUCCCAAGUGGAAAGGAGCUCCAUCUUCUGUCUUUAUCAAAGAAGCUGUGAGACUCAUGCAUGAAGUAGGCUAUGAGAUUGGAAACUUAGAUGCCACCUUAAUUCUUCAAAGACCAAAAUUAAGUCCACACAAGGAGGCUAUCAAAGCCAACUUGUCUGAGCUGCUGGGAGCCGACCCAUCUGUUGUCAAUCUUAAAGCAAAGACUCAUGAGAAGGUCGACAGUCUUGGUGAAAAUCGAAGUAUUGCAGCCCAUACUGUGGUCCUACUGAUGAGGAAGUAAAUAUAGGUCUCGGAUAUCAGUCUCGAGUAUGGAAAUUGUAUGGCAUACCGUGAGCAUUAGUUGUAAAACUGCCAUAAAUUAUGGCAUUGCUAAGUAUGAAAGCUUGAUGUGUUUGGUUGGACCACAAUGUUAGAGUUGUGUUUUCAACAUUUUACCAAAACGACUUGAACAACAACGAUGGUAAGUUUUGACGAGGCUACAGUUUCCCGAUUGGUCAUUAGUCUAUGACGUUUGUCAAAGGCUCAAAACAUGCAGUAGAAUACAGACCAAAGUCAAAUUAAGCGUUUAUAUCUAUGUUCUAAACAGUUUCCCAACUUCAAUGUUGAAUUCCUAGUUUCUGCUGCAUUAAAGUGACUA